AUGCUUGAGAUAUUGCAGGAUUAUGCGAGACGAUUGCGUAGAAGUGAAGGGAAACGAGUGGAGGCUUAUCAAGCCGAUUUCGGCACUCUUUUUCCGGUUUUAACACGAAAACGACAGCCUCCAUUGCCGGCUAAACUACUCUUCGGCGAUAAAUCGCUCAUCAAUGAUGCACAAAAUCCACUUGUGCUCAGAAAACCAAUCGAAGGCAAUCACCUAAUUCCCACAUUUUCCAGUAGCCUUGAUUUCAUUUUGCUAUAA